AUGUAUAGGCAGGUGAAAUUGGACAGAGAAAACCAGCCAUUACACUCUAUACUCUGGAGAAACACCAAAGAUGAGCCAAUUCAAACCUACGAAUCAACCACUGUAACCUACGUGCUACGGGAUUUCUACGUGGACGAUCUUCUGAGUGGCGCUGACACCAUUGAAGAAGCACGACAUAUACAAAAGGAAGUAACUGACCUACUCAAAAAGGGAGGAUUCAAUAUAAGAAAGUGGAAAUAUAACGUACUGACCGAAAGCAAAUCCACCGUCACGCUGGACGACAAAAAUGGACCAACCAAGACGCUCGGUAUAACAUGGACUCCCAGAGAAGAUAAUAUUCAGUAUCUAAUAAAACGAAACUCCGAACAUCGGUUAACAAAAAGAAAAAUCUUAUCAGAAAUCGCCACAAUCUUCGAUCCUCUUGGAUUAUUAUCUCCAGUCAUUAUACAGGCGAAACUGUUAAUGCAAGAAAUAUGGAAAACCAACACAUCUUGGGAUGAACCACCACCAGAGCACAUCAGGAACACCUGGAAAAACUUCAGAAACGAGCUUCCAAAAUUAGAAGAAAUUCAAGUUCAACGCUGGAUUCACCUACGGCGUGGUCAACCCUUGGAAAUACAUGGAUUCUCAGAUGCAUCCCUGAAAGCAUAUGGCGCUGCAGUAUACAUAAAAACAACAGACACAAAUGGGAACACCCACGUAGGACUCCUGGCUUCCAAAUCAAAAGUAUCACCACUAAAAAAUACAAAGACAAUCCCGCAGUUAGAACUCUGCGCAGCCCUUCUUCUAGCCAAACUCAUCAAACGCUGCGUUACGGCCCUGAAUCACAACAAUUCAAAAAUAUUCACAUGGUCCGACUCUCAAGUAGUAAUAUCAUGGAUAAACGCUGACGCUGGAAAGUGGAAAAUGUUCGUCGCAAACAGAGUUCGAGAAAUUCCUAACCUGCUAGGUCAAGGUCACUGGUACUACUACCGUUGGAAACAAUAUCACUUGCAUUCAACGAUAAACUCCAGCACGAUCAUCGUAAUAAUCAUUGUCAUUGUUUUACUUAUUGUUUACUUUUUAAAACAUAGGAAACAACAACAAGCACCGGCUGAUGCACACGAGAGCAAUAGACCAGUUCAUCCUGAGGAGAUCGAGCUGCAGCCAAUAUACAAUGACUCCAGACUAGGCGGCCAGCUCCAGGGAUGA